CUGAUUGGCGAUCAUAACCGACCUCUUUAGGAUAACCUUUCCACAAAAAAAUAUAAUACAACGACAACAUAAUCGCGGCCAACGAUACAAAAAAAACGUACGCAACAACUGUUAAAACCCUCACUAAUUUUUUUUUAUGUUUUGGUUCAUAUAAACGAUCCUUCGCCUCUUCACCAGCUAAUUUUACACUUGUAUCAACCGAACCCGCUUUCAACCACGCACCGGGUGGGUCAUUGUUCAUUUUCAAACUGUUAUUAGAUAUCUUUCCCGACAUUUUAUCUCUUUUAAAAAAGUUUAAUUUAAAAAAUUUUAAUACUAAUUGCGGAGCGCGAGCUUUUGCGACGCCGAUCGUCCGAAAAUAGGUGAACGUUUACGUUUGUAGCACUUCCAGAAAUAUGGUUUAAACAUGUUCGAUGGGUUGUGUCGAUUAUUAACGUUUCUACGAGGGAGCAACGUUUUUCAGUGAAUCGCAAAAUAUGGAUGAAAGGGAAUAUUUGGAACCGAUUUUGGAGUCUUAUGGUGUUUUUAAACCGUUGAGGAGUAUCCCGGUAAUAACGUUACAUCUAAUUACGACUUUAGGACUUGAAAUAACAGCCAUUAUUUAUACUAUAAUUCACCCGGAAAAAGAUUCUAAUUGCCGAGAGUACUUUACGUUGAUUUAUAUUGAACUAGGAUUAUGGCUUUUAACUUUAGUUAUUGAUCAAAUAUUACGAAUGAAACAUUAUGCAUUACGAAUGAAUGGUUAUUUGGAUUUUUAUAAGAAAACACAAGUUCUUUAUAGGUUACCAUUAUACAUGGUCAGUUUGAUGGUUGCUUGUGUUGCAUUAUUGCAAACUUUGAUGCAACAUUAUUAUGGAGAUAAUUUCACCAAAAACUGUUUAAAUGGAACUUUUUUUUCACCUAUUGGAUAUAUUUGUCUUACCUUGACCGUUCAGUUUUGUGUUAUUGCUUUAAUUGACAUCAGAUACAUUGUUCUUGUUGCUAAAUUUAACGUCCAAAAACCUCCUCCUGAUGUUCAAAAAGAAGAAUGGAACGCUUGUUCCUCAGUUGAUUCUUUUGCUCAUGGUGAAAUAGGUUAUAGACAACGAGGGGAUAAGUUUUUUGAUUUCAUUGAAAAACAGGCUGAUUUAAUAAGACAUUUAAAAGAUCACAACGCGAAAUUGGGAGAAAAGCUGAUGAUUUUAAACGCCCAAAUGCAAAACCGGGCCCGCUCUGGAACCAGUAAUGCUUAAAAUCCAAAUUUUUAACCAUUUUGUAAUUGUGAUAUUCAAGUUGUUUCUUGAGUGAAUUUGUAUUGAUUUUUUUCAAAUUGAACAUAAUUUAUUGUAUAAAAACGUAGCUAUUUUCUUUAAAUGUUUGUAACAUAUUUAUACAGAUGUCAUGUUAGUUAAUAAAAUUGUAAUUAUAAU